GCGGCGCGCCGCCCGCGGUCUCUAAGCAGGUCGCCACGGACUGGCACGCGCCACUCUCUUCCCAGAGUAAAUAAGGGACCGAGUCCGACUCUCCUGAGCACCGUAAAUAGAGUCCGAGUGGGCGGGGAGCCGCCCGGCACCGCCUGCUCAUGUCGCUGCAGAGUCAAGUGUCCGGCCGCCUGGCACAGCUGCGCGCGGCGGGCCAGCUGCUGGUUGCCCCGCGCCCCUGGCCCGGCCGCUCGGCGGGUGGCCCGCGGCCCCGCGGCAGUGCGUGCGGUCCUCCGGUGGCGCUGGGUGCGCACAGCCACUGCGCGUGGCCCUCGGCGGGAGUUGGGGCGUGGGGGGUGGCGGGGCGCGGAGCCUGGGUACGCACCUGGGCCCCCCUGGCCAUGGCCGCGAAGGUGGACCUGAGCACCUCCACCGACUGGAAGGAGGCCAAAUCCUUUCUGAAGGGCUUGAGUGACAAGCAGAGGGAGGAACACUACUUCUGCAGGGACUUCAUUAAGCUGAAGAAGAUCCCCACAUGGAAGGAGACAGCGAAAGGGGUGACUGUGAAGGUGGAGGACCCCACGUAUAAGAAGGACAAGCAGCUGAAUGAGAAGAUUUCCCUGUUCCGUGGGGACAUCACCAAGCUGGAAGUGGAUGCCAUCGUCAAUGCUGCCAACAACUCCCUGCUUGGAGGCGGAGGAGUGGACGGCUGCAUCCACAGGGCCGCAGGACCACUGCUCACCGACGAGUGUCGCACCCUGCAGAACUGCGAGACUGGCAAAGCUAAGAUCACCUGCGGCUAUCGACUGCCGGCCAAGUAUGUCAUCCACACAGUGGGGCCCAUCGCUGUAGGCCAGCCCAGUGCCAGCCAGGCAGCUGAGCUCCGCAGCUGCUAUUUGAGCAGCCUGGCCCUGCUACUGGAGCACCGAUUGCGCUCGGUGGCUUUCCCAUGCAUCUCAACAGGCGUGUUUGGAUACCCUAAUGAGGAGGCAGCUGAGGUAGUGCUGGCUGCACUGCGGGAGUGGCUGGAGCAGCACAAGGACAAGGUGGAUCGGCUUAUCAUCUGUGUGUUCCUCGAAAAGGACGAGGUCAUUUACCGAGAGCGCCUGCCCCGUUACUUCCCAGUAGCCUGAGGCUCCUGAAGCCCACCCUGAAUGGGACUGACCCACCUGGGCCUGUGGGACCUCGCUCCCAACUCUGAGAGAAGCCGGACAGCUUGUUCCAGCCUGGCCACCCGAGUUCUGUCCUUUCCCUCAGCGUGGCCUGCCCUGCCUUUCAGAAGCCUCUUAAUAAAGCUGUCUGAUUCA